GGAGAAGAAGAGACGUAUGUGACUGAUAUAAAGGCAGAAGAUACAGAGGGAGAAGAAGAGACGUAUGUGACUGAUAUAAAGGCAGAAGAUAUGAAGGGAGAAGAAGAGACGUAUGUGAGGGGUGAUCAGCAGUGUAAGGAGGAGGAGAUCCCUACAGAUAUCAGCACAGCAGAUGGACACACAAGCAGGAAUAUCACAGAAGGACAUCUAAUGUUAUCCCUGGAUUCUGAAAUAACCAAUUAUGACAGUAGACAGUAUUCUCCAGGAGCUAACCCCAUUACCCCAAUUAUACAUCCAGCUCUAUCAGCUGAUCCCUCUGAUCCUGGGAAAUGUUCUCCUGAUCACUCUGAUAUUGGUGCAUCUGUUACAGCUCUGAGAGUAGAUACAGUGUUUCCCUGGUCUAUAGAUGCCAAAUGUUUUACACAGAACACAAACCUUAUUACUCAUCAGCCAGCUAAGGCAGGUGAGAGGCCAUUUCCAUGUUCUGAGUGUGGGAAAUGUUUUACAUAUAAAUCAUAUCUUGUUAGACAUGAGAGAAGUCACACAGGUGACAUGCCAUAUUCCUGUUCUGAGUGUGGGAAAUGUUUUGCACAGAAAUUACAUUUUGUUACACAUCAGAGAAGUCACACAGGUGAGAAGCCGUAUUCCUGUUCUGAGUGUGGGAAAUGUUUUUCAUCGAAAUACCAUCUUGUUAGUCAUCAGAGAAGUCACACAGGUGAGAAGCCAUAUUCCUGUUCUGAGUGUAGGAAAUGUUUUGCACGGAAAUCACAUCUUGUUAUACAUCAGAGAAGUCACACAGGUGAGAAGCCAUAUUCCUGUUCUGAGUGUGGGAAAUGUUUUUCAUCGAAAUCAGAUCUUGUUAUACAUCAGAGAAGUCACACAGGUGAGAAGCCGUAUUCCUGUUCUGAGUGUGGGAAAUGUUUUGCACACAAAUCACAUUUUGUUAUACAUCAGAGAAGUCACACAGGUGAGAAGCCGUAUUCCUGUUCUGAGUGUGGGAAAUGUUUUUCAUCGAAAUACCAACUUGUUAGUCAUCAGAGAAGUCACACAGGUGAGAAGCCGUAUUCCUGUUCUGAGUGUGGGAAAUGUUUUUCAUCGAAAUACCAACUUGUUAGUCAUCAGAGAAGUCACACAGGUGAGAAGCCAUAUUCCUGUUCUGAGUGUAGGAAAUGUUUUGCACGGAAAUCAGAUCUUGUUAUACAUCAGAGAAGUCACACAGGUGAGAAGCCGUAUUCCUGUUCUGAGUGUGGGAAAUGUUUUGCACACAAAUCACAUUUUGUUAUACAUCAGAGAAGUCACACAGGUGAGAAGCCGUAUUCCUGUUCUGAGUGUGGGAAAUGUUUUGCACACAAAUCACAAUUUGUUAUUCAUCAGCAUGCGCACACAGGUGAGAUGCCAUUUUCCUGUUCUGAGUGUGGGAAAUGUUUCGCACAGAAAUCCGCUCUUGUUACACAUCAGAGAAUUCACACAGGUGAGAAGCCGUAUUCCUGUUCUGAGUGUGGGAAAUGUUUUGCACAGAAAUCACAUCUUGUUACACAUCAGAGCAGUUACACAGGUGAGAAGCCAUUUUCCUGUUCUGAGUGUGGGAAAUGUUUUGCAUAUAAAUCACAUCUUGUUACACAUCAGAGGAGUCACACAGAUGAGAAGCCAUUUUCAUGCUGUGAGAGAAAUAAAUCCGCUCUUGUUGAACACAUUAGACAUUACCCAAGUACGGAACCAUUUACAUCUUCUGGAGUAUAAUUAUCACUGUCGUCCAAUGUUCCUCGGGUGAAUCCUAUCUCCUAUGCUUUAUAAAAUAUACAUGCUACCACUGGGUGAUAUAAUCAGACGUCAUGGCCUGGUCUACCACUGCUAUGCAGAUGACCUGCUUUUUGCUCCAUGUACUGAGAACCGAAUACCAAUAAAUGGUUGUCUAGCUGAGCGCCAGGGGUGGAUGAUGCCAGUUGGCUGUGACUCAGUCUUUGUGAAACAUAAUAGAAGCUCCCCAACAAAGGACAAGACUACAGCUUUACCAACCAUCUGGAUUUAUGCUUUGGUGUUCAGAAUUGCAAAAUACUGAACAUGUGCUGAAUCUUUGUGUUGUCCUGGUAUGUGGCUGACACAGACAUCAGGUAUCUGCCACAUACAAAUCCUCAUUCUUCCAUCUGUGGACCAUAGCCAGAAUCAAGCACUUGAUUCCCUCAGAAGUUCAUAGACUACUGCAAUGCCAUCUACCUGGGUCACCCAGCAAAAGAAUUACAAAGCUUGCAGCUAGUACAGAAUGCAGCAGCCAAGCUGUUACCUAACCUGCCCGUUCCUGCCUCCUAACACCCAUUCUCUACUCCCUUCACCGGCUGCCUGUAAGAUGGAAAAUCUAUUUCAUUAUUGGCUAACUGACCUUCCCAGCCCAACAUUACAUGGUCCAAGGUACUAGAAGCAGCUUCUGCCUCCUUACUGCCCUGCUUGCUUGCUUCUACAGAUGAAGGACUGUUACCAGCAGUACCAAGAAUCUCCUGUCAUUCAUUU